AUGGAGAUUAAAGUGUCUUUUGACGGAGUCCAACGCAUUGUUUGUGGUGUAACUGAAAUGACGACAUGUCAAGAAGUAGUCAUUGCCUUAGCCCAAGCUCUGGGUCGCACCGGUCGCUAUACUCUGAGAGAGAAUUUCAAAGGAUAUGGGCGCAAUGUGAACCCUGAUGAGCAUCUCCUUGAGUCCUUAGGAAAGUAUGGCCAACAAUCCAAGGAGGUCCAGCUCACCCUACAUUAUCUAGGGCCCUCUCUAGUGGACUGGCCAAAGAAGCCAGGUGUGCAGUUAAGAAGAGUUGAGGAAGGAGGAAGAUUGCGCAGGAGUAGUGCAGGAGCAGUCCUCCAUCGACAGAGCCUCCCUCCUCUCGAUCAUUUCCAGCCAAAAUCUGCCAUUGAAGAACUGAAGAGGCCCAAGAGGAAAUCAUUAACACUGAUGGAAGAAGCAUGGGGUUGGCUAGAGAAUCUGGGCAAGGGAAGGAAGCAGCAAUUAACACAAGAUAAGGGGAAAAAUGGAAAUCGGCGACUGGAUAACAUGGGAGCCAUGCCAGAGAAACUAGCCCAGGCCUCAAAGGUAUCACAAGGAAGAGAUAAAUAUAGGCCAGAAAAUAAGAAAUGGAAGCACAUAGAACACAAAGAAACAAAAUUAGGUGAAAAUAUUACUGAACAUAAAAUGCAAAGAAAUGAAGUAUGUCUCACCAAACAGCAGGUUGGUGUUUCAGAAUAUGAUGGAGCCCUUGAAGCAACAGAGAACCUUAAAAAGUUAAUUAUCCAACAACAGGCUACUCUGAGAGCACUCAAGCUCAAAAUAGACACCACCGACAAGCAGAUUUUUAAACUUGAAAUACAGCAAGCAGAAUCAAUGUCUGAUGAUGAGGAACAGCUCGAGUUUUGGCUCAAUGAGCUGAAGGCAGAAGAGGGCUACGAGAAAUCCCUCCAGAUGCAGUUCUGGGAUUUGAAGGAGAAAGUCACAGAAUGCAAAAAUAAACUAGAAGAGUAUAAAAUCAAGCUGCAGAGGAUGGUCCUAGCAAACAUGAGGCACACGGAGUGCCAACAAACAAAGGCUCAUGCUGCCGCUCACUCUGUGAAGAUGGAGCUGGAUUGUGCAUCAGGAGGUCUGGAAUCAGUGACUGAAGAGAAAAUAGACACCAUUGUCCCAGAGGGAGACAGUAAGGAGAAGAUGGUAAUCACUAGAGUGGAAUCAAAACUCCCUUAUGUCUUGGUUACUGCGAAUGAGAUAGAAUCACAGCUAAAUAGCCCUUCAGAGCUUAGGGAAUGGUGGAGUCGAUGGACUCAGAAAAUUAACUCGGGGCCUAGACCAAAAGUUGUGCACCGCUCUGAAAUAAUAAUUCACCUCCGAAGCACAAAGGUGUAG